GGGGUCUCGGGGUCUCCGGGUCCCGGGGACCCGGGGGCCCGGGGUGCGCGGCUGGGGACCUGAGGGCGAGGAGCGAGGACACACACCGAGGACUCUUGUGAGGGAUCUUGGGGCCCAGCUCGGCCUCCCUCCUAGCGCUGGGGGCCUGCCCGGAACCCGAAUCCGCGGCUGUCCCUGGGGUUUGGCGCUGCGCGGAGGUCGGGUCUGGGGACCGCAGCGACUCUGGGUCUUCGGGUUGUCCCCUCGGAGGGAGGGCCCACGGGCGGGGACAUCGGGACUUGCCCUUUCCUCGGCGCAGUGAAGCUGGGGCGUCGCCGACUCAGAAGGUGCUUUCCGAGACCUCCAGUGAUCUCCGAGGCGAGGAAACCCGGGCCCCGGACAGACCGACCCUGGGCUGAAGCUCAGGGCCCUGUCUGCUCUGUGGACUCACAGUUUGUGGCAAGACAAGCUCAGAACUGAGAAGCUGUCACCACAGUAGCUUGGAGCUCGGCGGCACAACCAGCACCAUCCAGUCGCGAUGGUGGACACGGAAAGCCCACUCUGCCCCCUCUCCCCACUGGAGGCUGGCGAUCUAGAGAGCCCGUUAUCUGAAGAGUUCCUGCAAGAAAUGGGAAACAUCCAAGAGAUUUCGCAAUCCAUCGGCGAGGAUAGUUCUGGAAGCUUUGGCUUUACGGAAUACCAGUAUUUAGGAAGCUGUCCUGGCUCAGAUGGCUCGGUCAUCACGGACACGCUUUCACCAGCUUCGAGCCCCUCCUCGGUGACUUAUCCUGUGGUCCCCGGCAGCGUGGACGAGUCUCCCAGUGGAGCAUUGAACAUCGAAUGUAGAAUCUGCGGGGACAAGGCCUCAGGCUACCAUUACGGAGUCCACGCGUGUGAAGGCUGCAAGGGCUUCUUUCGGCGAACGAUUCGACUCAAGCUGGUGUAUGACAAGUGCGACCGCAGCUGCAAGAUCCAGAAAAAGAACAGAAACAAAUGCCAGUAUUGUCGAUUUCACAAGUGCCUUUCUGUCGGGAUGUCACACAACGCGAUUCGUUUUGGACGAAUGCCAAGAUCUGAGAAAGCAAAACUGAAAGCAGAAAUUCUUACCUGCGAACAUGACAUAGAAGAUUCUGAAACUGCAGAUCUCAAAUCUCUGGCCAAGAGAAUCUACGAGGCCUACUUGAAGAACUUCAACAUGAACAAGGUCAAAGCCCGGGUCAUCCUCUCAGGAAAGGCCAGUAACAAUCCACCUUUUGUCAUACAUGAUAUGGAGACACUGUGUAUGGCUGAGAAGACGCUGGUGGCCAAGCUGGUGGCCAAUGGCAUCCAGAACAAGGAGGCGGAGGUCCGCAUCUUUCACUGCUGCCAGUGCACGUCAGUGGAGACCGUCACGGAGCUCACGGAAUUCGCCAAGGCCAUCCCAGGCUUCGCAAACUUGGACCUGAACGAUCAAGUGACAUUGCUAAAAUACGGAGUUUAUGAGGCCAUAUUCGCCAUGCUGUCUUCUGUGAUGAACAAAGACGGGAUGCUGGUGGCGUAUGGAAAUGGGUUUAUAACUCGUGAAUUCCUAAAAAGCCUAAGGAAACCGUUCUGUGAUAUCAUGGAACCCAAGUUUGAUUUUGCCAUGAAGUUCAAUGCACUGGAACUGGAUGACAGUGAUAUCUCCCUUUUCGUGGCUGCUAUCAUUUGCUGUGGAGAUCGUCCUGGCCUUCUAAACGUAGGACACAUUGAAAAAAUGCAGGAGGGUAUUGUACAUGUGCUCAGACUCCACCUGCAGAGCAACCACCCGGACGAUAUCUUUCUCUUCCCAAAACUUCUUCAAAAAAUGGCAGACCUCCGGCAGCUGGUGACGGAGCAUGCGCAGCUGGUGCAGAUCAUCAAGAAGGAGUCGGAUGCUGCGCUGCACCCGCUACUGCAGGAGAUCUACAGGGACAUGUACUGAGUUCCUUCAGAUCAGCCACACCUUUUCCAGGAGUUCUGAAGCUGACAGCACUACAAAGGAGACGGGGGAGCAGCACGAUUUUGCACAAAUAUCCACCACUUUAACCUUAGAGCUUGGACAGUCUGAGCUGUAGGUAACCGGCAUAUUAUUCCAUAUCUUUGUUUUAACGAGUACUUCUAAGAGCAUAGAACUCAAAUGCUGGGGGUAGGUGGCUAAUCUCAGGACUGGGAAGAUUACGGCGAAUUAUGCUCAAUGGUCUGAUUUUAACUCACCCGAUGUUAAUCAAUGCACAUUGCUUUAGAUCACAUUCGUGAUUUACCAUUUAAUUAACUGGUAACCUCAAAAUUCGUGGCCUGUCUUCCCAUUCACCCCGCUUUUGACUAUUGUGCUCCUUUAUAAUUCUGAAAACUAAUCAGCACUUUUUAACAAUGUUUAUAAUCCUAUAAGUCUAGAUGUAUCCAAAGGUGAAGUAUGUAAAAAGCAGCAAAAUAUU